AUGUAUGUCCUGUACCCUCUCAAGUAUGUCGUAUACCCUCUCAAGUAUGUCCUGUACCCUCUCAAGUAUGUCCUGUACCCUCUCAAGUAUGUCGUAUACCCUCUCAAGUAUGUUGUAUACCCUCUCAAGUAUGUCCUGUACCCUCUCAAGUAUGUCCUGUACCCUCUCAAGUAUGUCCUGAACCCGGUCAUGUAUGUCCUGUACCCUGUAAUGUAUGUCCUGUACCCUCUUAAGUAUGUCCUGUACCCUCUCAAGUAUGUCCUGUACCCUCUCAAGUAUGUCCUGUGCCCUCUCAAGUAUGUCCUGUACCCUCUCAAGUAUGUCCUGUCAAGUAGAUAA